AUGUCCUCCUCCAGUGUGCAGCUAAACGACGGCCGCGUGCAGAAUCGCGUGGAGAACUAUACCAAGUUCUGGAAGAAGGAUCCUACGAAGGAGGAGGGGGCUGAUAAUGAUAAGAGGCUGGAUUCGUAUACUGACGUUGUGAACGGGUACUACGACGGCGCCACAGAGCUCUACGAAUACGGCUGGUCGCAAUCCUUCCACUUCUCGCGGUUCUACAAAGGCGAAGCCUUCCUCGCCUCGCUCGCGCGGCACGAGCACUACCUCGCAGCGCAAAUGUCGCUCCGCCCAGGCAUGCGCGUGCUCGACGUCGGGUGCGGCGUCGGCGGGCCCGCGAGGGAGAUAGCGCAGUUUACGGACUGUGAGAUUGUGGGGCUGAAUAAUAAUGAUUUCCAGAUUCAGAGAGCGAGGAAGUAUACAAGGAAGGCGGGGUUGGAGGGGCAGGUUACGUUUGUGAAGGGGGAUUUUAUGAAGCUUUCUGAGCAGUUUGGGGAGGGGUAUUUUGAUGCUGUGUAUGCGAUUGAGGCUACUGUCCACGCGCCUAGCUGGGAAGGCGUGUAUGGUGAGAUUUUCAAGGUUCUCAAGCCCGGAGGCGUCUUCGGCGUCUACGAAUGGUGCAUGACAGACAUCUGGGACCCCUCCAUCCCCGAACACAAAGCCAUCGCGCACCAAAUCGAGCUGGGGAACGGGAUCCCCGAGAUGCGUCCCCUGCGCAUGGCACGGGAGGCGCUGAAAACGGUCGGGUUCCAAAUUGAACACGAGGAGGAUCUGGCGGCGCGCCCGGACCCGAUUCCGUGGUAUUACCCGCUCGAGGGGGAUAUCCGCAAGGCGCAGACGUUUUGGGAUUAUUUGACGGUGUGGAGGAUGAGUUGGAGCGGGCAGCUUGUUAGUCAUAAUGCGAUUCGGGUGAUGGAGUUUUUGGGUCUUGUGCCCAAGGGAACGCAUGAUGUGGGCGAGUCGUUGAAGGUUGCGGCGGACUCGCUUGUGCGUAGUGGACAGCAGAAGCUUUUCACGCCGAUGUACCUGGUUGUGAGCCGGAAACCCAGCAACUAA